UUGUUACCGUAGUGCAUUUGUUGUGGUUUUGUUGUAUCCGGAAGAAGAUGUAAAGCUAGCUCGUUGGCUAAUUUAAAUAUAACUUCUUCCGCAUAUGUUAUUACCCAUGUUGUAUGUAUGAAUCGCUGUUUAGAAAGUAUACGAUUAUAACUUGUAUGUGAAGCCUUUUGCUAGCUACCUGCUGGUUCCUUUAUAUGAUGCUAUAGCAAGCUAGCCUCCAGGAGCUAAUAGCAACAAAGUGCAGCAUGAAACCCACGAUACUGAGGCAGUGUGUUCUCCAUGGACCUAGUGGAUCAUGUCUCUGAUCCUGUUUGCCUUUGUGGUUCGGGUCAGGGAUGGACUCCCCCUGUCGGCCUCCACAGACUUUGAACACAACCGAGAGCUCCAGGAGAGGAAGCAGCAGCUCCGGACCAUCAGCAAGACCCUGGCCCGAUUCCCUGACAGAGGGACCGUCAAGGGCCAGGAGCUCAACAUAUUCUUCAUCUCUUCAGAGGGUGUAUCCUACAUGACCGUGUGCCACUGCAGCCUCCCUGUGGCUAAGGCCUUCUGCUUCCUGGAAGACCUGCGGUGGGAGUUCACAACAUGCUUCAAUAGCACUGCUGUUUCCCUGGCAGACAGGCCUUAUCCAUUUUUGGAAUUUGACAGCACCAUUCAGAAGCUGAAGCAGCAGUACAACCGGAGCGGGGGGCCGGCCCUGGAGGUGACGUUGGCAGAGGUCCAGGGGGAUCUGAUCAUCCAGCCACCACAAGAAAUUAACCUGGAGGAAGUUGAUCUCACCAACGGCACUGCUAAUGGACACAUGGAGCAGGGCCCCGGAUCAGGUCAGAGUGUUCGACUGGAACCAGUGACGGCGCCAGGCAUCCUCUCUCUGGUCCUAAAUAUUGUGUGUGCAUCGUUGAACAUAAUCCGUGGUGUUCACCUCAUAGAGUACACAUUUCAGGAUGAUUAUGAAGGGAUCUGGAACGUUGUGGCGUUCCUGCUGGCGUUUGUCUGCUGUGUGUGUCAGUGCCACCUCUACCUGUUCCACUCAUCUCUGAAGAAGCCCAAGUCCUUCGCCCUGCUGAGUGUCAUCGUUCUAUGCAACCUCUUCCUGCUCGGCCCGAGGAACCCGUGGCAGCUGCUCUUCCACAUCUCAGUCGCCUGCAUCUCCACCCUCCUCAUCCUCAGCCGCAAACUCAUGGACAGAACCAAUGACUGUGGAGUCUGAGGAUGAGAGGACCUUUUACUACGUUGCAGCUCGCACAGCUUGAGGUAUGAAGAUGGGGUUUUAACAUAAAGACAUUUACACAUUUUGUGUCAUAACGGACAACUGUAAUACCAAGUUACUAUGUUCUUGUGUACAGUAUGUACUUGCACUUUGUGUACAUUUGUUUUCAAGAGAAUGAAAGUGACAUGCAGUUAUUUCUGGAACUUUAAAAGGAUCUGCAAAAGCUUCGAGAAGAAGUCUGUUUUAGAAACAAAAUAUUUGUGCCAUCAUGUUCCCAAAAAGGUUUUUUAGGAAUGUUUUUUUCUGUCAGAAUUGCUGACCAAAGUUUUUCAUGAAGAUACAAUCAUGUUUUCUCAGCCCUACCUGUUGAAGCUAGCUAUUGAAAGCCUUUCUGCUCAGUGUUAUUUCUGCUAUACAGGCUUUGAUUAUCUCUGUGUAAUCAGUUUACAACGCUGCAUGACAGUUGGUGAUUGUAACAUAUGCUAGAUUUGUAGUUGAUAGUGCAUCUGCAUUGGUUAUGAUCGGUUCCUUAAGGAUAUAGAGUUGAUUUGAGGUCAGGUGAAGCAGGUUUUCUUAUUUGUUUUACAUUAUUUAAUCAUUAGGCUUCAGUAAAACCCUAAUGCAAAGGUGUAAAGGUUAAUCUGUGGGUGCUUCGCGCCUUACUGUUUGAAGAAGAUUGAUUUACCUUGUUUAAUUCUGUGGACUUACACACCGGCAAGUGCUCAGCUAGUCAUUGCAAAGGAUCAAAUGUAAGGGCUCCGUUAUUUAGUGACUACAUUCUUCAUGUAAAACAGGGAAUGGUAGUCUUAUCUUCAUUACGUGUAAGGCAUGUUAUCUCACUGUUUAUCACAGUAGGGUGAUAUAAAGAGACAUUUAUCACAUCAACUACAUUUUUCUACGAUCAAAGAUUCAGAUUCUUUUUCUACUGAUCUCAUCGUUUUUGAAUUGUAAAAACUGCGGGUAUGAAUAUGAAGGCACUGACUUUAUGGGUAAAAUUGUAUUGAAAUUCGUUGGAGUUUUGGACUGCACUAUUAGGCUCAGAUUUGUUUUGCGUUGGCGAUUAUUCUUGAAUGUGCUGCAUCGGGUUCAGCUUUUAUAUCCUGAUUUAUGUUUACUUGGUUAUUACUUUACUCCCCGUAUUUAGUCAUCAGAUUCCUAUAAACAUAUAAAAUCAUAUGGUCUAUGUUUGACUGUAGAACAGUAGUGCUGCUAAACUAAUAGGCAAUGUCUCAUUUUAGUUAAUUAUGUGUUUAUGUUUGGGGUAUUUAGCUUCUUAGAUAUUCAUUUAUUUACAGCUUAAUAGUUGCACUAAUGUCUGCUCAGCGUGGGAAUUAAAUGAUUAGUUUACAGUGUGUAAGUAUUCUAUCAAGAAAGUUGGAGGGAAAUGUAAUGUCAAACUAAAAGGUUGCAUUUCAUCCGACAAUCCAAACGUCCCUCACAAUUUAGAAGUAGUUGAGUCACUUCUAGUUUAUAAAGAGUGAAGAAACUCACAUUUUUUUCACAGGAAAUGCAACAUUUUGUGUUGCUGAUUAUUACAAAGUUGAGGCUCUUAAUAAAAAACGUAAGUAAAGUAAAUUGUGUAAUCUUUGGCUAAUUUGUGAGAGUUACACUGUCUUUGAGGAGUACACUGUAGACUCAAUUUCAAUUCAAGUACAACUUUUUCUAUUUUCUGUGCAGGACAUUAGUGAAGCUGUAAUAGUUUUGAUAGUCACCAGUUGUACUGCUGACUACAAGUUGUUUUAAAAAUGGUAAAAGAAGAUAUUUGAACACUUUAAGUAGAAAUGAAGGAUCCUUUAGUUCAUCAUAGAGUAGAAAUGCACUGUACAAUAGAAACAUGUGGAAGCCUUCUCUUAAUAUUUUGUUUUAAUCAGAAUAGAGGAAACGGCUUCCGAUAAUUGGUUUGUUUAACGGGAUGUAUUCUUAAUCUUGUUCAAUAAUAAAGCGGUCUGUAUGAUCUGUCUCUAAAUACACUCUAUGAGAUUGAUAUUGUUCAUUUUGUGGCUGCAACCUGUUUGUAGUAAUGGGAAGUAAUGUAUUUAAUUGUAACUGCCAAAUACACUGGUGAUGACAGGGCUUGAUUUUCUCCUGCUGUGGUGAAAACUGACAUUUCAUUAAUAAACAGUGUCUUUUUUCCCAUG